GGGUGGUGAUAAACCGGGUACAACCCGAUGUCUCCUUCUUUCAUUUCAAUUGCAAGUUAGGUCACUGGUUCCCCUGCAGACUUGCGACCAUCCCGAUUCCCACCCCAUCUCCCAUCUCCCAUCUCCCAUCCGUUCGACAUUCCCGGCUCCCAUCUACUAUCUUCAGCAUAUUCUCGCCUCUUCAUCUUCGAUUUUCGUAAUUGGAUUUUUAUGGAGAAAUCUAAGGAUUCAGCUUGCGGCCCUAUAGAUCGAUCACUGUUGUUCAUGCAGGAGGAUCAUAUUAGCACCUCCAUCUGGGAGGGCGAUGAUAGGCUCAGGUUUGAUGUCAGACAGUAUACCACAUGUAUGGAUAAGUGGGUUUUGGAUGAUGAGCAGAGGCAUCUUCUUGAUUCUUGGGGUUUUGGGGUAUUUGCUCACCCUCAGGUUGUUCGACAGAACGACAUUGCCCUGAUAAGAGCCCUUGUUGAGAGAUGGAGGCCGGAGACAAACACCUUUCACUUCCCAUUCGGUGAGAUGACCAUCACACUAGAGGAUGUCUACAUGCUUAUGGGUCUGCCGAUCAGCGGUCGUGCUCUUACUUUCACAGAUCUUGCUACUCCACAGCAGUAUUGGCUUACUCAGUGGGAGGAUUUGAGGUUGGAGAAGGGGCCUGUCCGAAAGAAGAAGUCUGACAAGAAGAAGAAGAAGAAGAAGUCUAAAGGGAAGGAGAAGUCUGAACGGGAGAAGAUGUGGUCAGAAAAAGCGAGUGCGGUUAGUUUGUAUUCAUUGCGGGAAACAUAUAAGAAGAAGCCAAAGUCAAAGCGUCCUGAAUAUUUAGAGCAGGAUACCAGGGUGUAUACCCGAGCCUAUGUGUUCUGGAUCAUAGGGGCUAUUCUUUUUCCUACAUCAUCCAGAUCUACUGUCCAUCCCCGAUACAUACAGUUGCUGCAGAAGACGGAUGAAAUCAUUGAUUAUGCCUGGGGUGCUGGUGUGUUGGCAUAUCUGUACAUUCUCUAAUCCACCGAGAGCUUCCCCCAUCACUUUCAACACUUUUGAGGGUCCUAUUCCCGAUUUGUUCAACGUCUCAAUUAAAGAUCGGGCAACCGGACCUAUAUUACGCGAUCUUUGCAUGAAUUGUACUUUGUCUGGGGUAACCAUUGGAUGAUUGUGUUCUAACUCUACUGUGGUUAUUUCCCAUUUAUCCGUCUUCACUCUAUGAACAACCGAAAUUCGAGCCUUACAUUUUGUCCGAUCAAUUGUAUCACGAGUCCUUUUUAAAUUCAAUUCCUCAUCAACAUUAGCCGAA